GUGUGUGUGUGUGUGUGUGUGCAUGUGUGUGUUUAUGGUGUGUGUGUGUGUGUGUGUGCGUGCGUGCGUGCGUGUACCCUAGGAGUGCCUGAGGAUAUCACAUCAUCCGGGAACGGCGUUUGCGCUGGCUUGGACACGUGGCACGGAUGGAAGAUCGCCGGUUGCCAAAGUGUGUUCUCUUCGGUGACCUGCCUGCCCCGCACCCGGUGCAUGGUCCACGCAAGAGGUGGAGGGACGUCGUUAUGGAUGACUUUGCGUCGGUUGAGCCACCGGUACCAGCAUGUGGAUGGUACGAUGCAGCCCAGAAGUUGGCAGAACCGUCUGGAGUGGCGUACCAUUGCCCGUCGACCACCCAAGGCACCCUCUGCUACUGACUACGGUUGCGCCUGCGGCCGCAUGUUCCGUCAAAGCGGGGACCUGAAACGCCAUCGGUCAUCCUGUCGUGGACUGGAUGGGCAAGGUCAAGCCACGAAGAGCUCCUCAAAGCUGGACAUGAUCCCGGUACAAGUGUGGAACUGGAGAAAAGUAUUUUCGAGAGAUCGAAUACGAAGGAUGAAUAUAUCAUGGCACUUAGCAGGGUGGUGUUGACACUGCAGCGACGUCAACAGCAAGGCUCUCGGGCACCGGGCCCUCACUCCCAUCCUGGCAUACUAUCCGGUGGUGCAGCAGCUGGUGGUGCAUCAGCUCAAGGAGGCAAUGUACCCCUGAGCCAUGGACCACCAGGAACAGCAGCCACCGGACAACAAGCCGCAGUCAACACCUUGCAGCAUCUUGCAAUGCAUGGAGCAGCAGGUGGAGCUGGCACUGGAGUGGCCGGGCUGCAGCAGGCAGCAGUAGGCGCUGCGGGUGGUCGUGUCGGCGCCGGUGCGGGUGCAGCAGGCGCGUCCACACUCUCCAGUCUCUCUGGCCUGGGCGCGCAGCCAGCAGGAGCAGCAGGCGGUAGCUUUGCAGCCGGUGCCAGUGCUGUCGCUCCUACACCAUCAUCAAUGCUUACGCAGACCGGCGGCGGCGGUGGGGGUAGCAACGGUAACACUAGUACUGCACAGCAGCAGCUGGAAGCACUGCAGGCCCUGACCAGGCAACACCAGCAGCAUCGCCUGCUCCAGCAACAGCAGCAGCUAAGGCAGCAACAACUGCAACAACGACAGCAACAGCAGCAGCCCCAGCAGCAGCCCCAACAGCAGCAACAGCAGCAGCCGCAAGCAGCGCAGGGCCAGUCAGCGCAAGUAGCAGGCGCGCAGAACAGGCAGACACCCCAGCAGCUCACGCACGCCCAAGCCCAGGCGGCCAAGCUGCAGCAGCUCCGUGCCAAUGUCUUGGGCAAGCCGGGCGGUGUGUCUCAGAUGCAACUACAGCAACUCCAGCAGCUGCAGCAGCUGCAGCAACAACAGCAGCAACAACAACAGCAGCAGCAGCAACAGUCACAGUCAACGAACACGCUUUUAAACCCUGGAGGUGCGCGUCCUGCUUCCACUCAGUCCAGUGUGUCAUCAUCACUGGGCGGUGGCGCUGGCGUUGGCGGUAGCACUGGCCAGCAGCAGGACGUGGGCCAGGCAAGCUUGCUUCAGGCCAGGCGUACACCACCUCCACCCGCCGCAGCCGCCGCUGGAACUGCAGCAGCGGCGGCGGCUGGAGUGCGCACGUCAGUGCCGGCCACCGCCGCGUCUCAGCAGCAACAACUGCAGCAGGCGCAGCAGAGGCAAUUGCAACAGAAGCAGCAGCAGCAGCUGCUACAGCAACACAUAGCGGCAGCCAAGGCGAAAGGGCAGCCAAUCACCACGACUGCCAACUUGGCUUCUGCAAUGGCUGCAGCAGCCUUAGCACAGCAUCAGCAACAGACUAAGCAUGAACUGCUCUCAGAUGUGUUGGCUGGUGAGAAGAAAGUCAACGAGCAAGCUACCGUAUCAGGUGGAGUGGCCGCCACCAGCCAGAGCAUGACGUUGCCUGGUCAGUCCCAGACCACUCAGCCAUCACAGAUCAACCAGCUGUUGCAGCAGCGUCAGCAAAUCCAGCAGCACUUGCAGCAGCAGCAGCAGCAGCAGGAGCAGCAGUCAAAGCAGCAGCUGCACCAGCAGAUUCAGCUUCAGCAGCAGCAGCAGCAGCAACUACAGCAGCAACAGGCAGCAGCAGCAGUGUCGCAGAGUACAUCUCAUGCUCUAUCUUUAGCCAGUAGUGGCAGCAUUAGCAGCACUAUAGCGCCGUCAAUGGGCAGCGUAUCCGUGAAGCGUAUGGAACUACAGCAGGCGGCCGCUAGUGUUGAAGCACCUGGCUCUGUCCAAGCACCUGGCUCUGUCCAAGCACCUGGCUCUGUGCACGGACCCGGAUCUGUCCAGGCACCUGGCUCAGUCCAAGCGCCCGGCUCAGUGCCUCCGCCUGGCUCAGUCCAAGCGCCCGGCUCAGUCCAAGCGCCCGGCUCAGUUCACGCGCCCCCGUCUGUUUCAGCCCCAUCGCCAAUGAAUCAAGUAUCAGUGCCCAGUGUAGGCGCAAUGGCUGCUGGCUCGGUCAAGAGUGAGAUGUCCGCGGAAGACGAGGAGACAGCGUACCUGCGAAAGCACGCUGACCUUGUAAAAUACAUCAAGCCAUUGCAACGUAUGAUUAGUCGUCUUCAGCGCACCGGUCCUGUUGACACAGCCAGGCAGUCGGACCAGAUGAUAAAACUGACGCGCUUCCUCAACAUUCUCGAGAAUCCGUCACAGCGUGUGGAUUUGGCAACCUUGGACAAGUGCAAGCAUGUUCUGGAGAAGAUGCCGUUUCGGGAAGUGGAAUCUUCUCCGUCGGCGGAAAGCUCUACGCUUCCUUCCACCCUGUCCCCUGAUCAGCCGAUGAGUGGGAAGUCCGGACCGAUACCGUCGAUUGGGUCGAUUGGUGAAGCCUCGGCUCCACCAUCUGCCUCCGGAGCGGCAGCUGCCACAGUAGCUUUAACCACCGCCUCUCUGUCCUUGGUCACCACGGCUACUCCAGCAAGCGGUUCCUCGCCGCGUGCAAGCUUGUCGGCAACGACAGCCGCCGCCACGGCAACAGCGGGUGCGACUGCGGGCACCGUGACGACCGCGGCGGGAACGGUGUCCACAGCCGCAGUCGCAGCUGGUUCAACAAGUACAAUCUCGCCGUCAGUUCCCACACCACAGGCUGCACCUCAGGCAACUGCAACGUCCAUGGGCCACGGUUUCCUUCAGGCGCUAUCGCAGGCGUAUCAGCAGCCCAACUUCACGCAUUCCAUCGACUCAGCCCUAUCACAGAGUGUGGCCACUAUGGAUACGAGUGCCAAUGUGGUUACUGGGCCUUUACUGAGCUUUCCUGCAUCUCGCUUACCACCUCGGAGAACGCCUCGACCAACUGCGGACGGUUUUGGUACACUAUGCGGCCCUCUUCGCGGCGAGCUCCUUCGUCUGGGCGGUCAGUUCACCAUCACGGUGGUAAGAACACUGGAGAGCAUAGAGAAAGAUCGGGACGGCGCGAGGAUUGGUUUGGCGCCGUCUUUCGAAGACGACGGCUGUCGGAACGAUGUCGUCCUGGACUGCGAGCUCAACUCUGCGUCGCUACCUUCUGUUCCAUCGCUCAAGAUCCGCAUCCCAGCAGGCUACCCGGAGACCAGUCCGGAAAUCAUCAACCAGGAUGAAUUCCAUACUGCUUCCGAGUUUGUGCGUAAAGUAUUGCAGCAGCUGCGAUCAUCUCUUCUUGCCUGCUCCUCAGAAUUCUCUUUCACAUUCAUUCUGGAGACGUGGGAGCAUAGCAUUGAGGUGGAGUCGAGCCACACCACCUUCACAUAGUGGAUGCUUGUGCAGCUACUGCUGUUAAGUCCUGACUGUGUUCCUGGGUCGGUGUUUCCGUGGACCACUUGUGUUGCUGCAAUUGGUCAUAGUGCAUGCACAGCAGAUCUGUGCAUGCGGGUGCGUGAAUAGAGUCGACUACGCGGCUUCCAAACCCCUGCCUGGCUCCUGAAUAGACAGCCUGCUGCUGCUGCUGCUGCUGCUGCAGAAUUUUGUGCACGGCUUGCGACGACAUCAUCGUGUGCCUGUGACAUCGUUGCUGAGUGCAUUACGUCAUGGGCGGGUAUCGGUGACAUCGUUGCUGAGUACAUUACGUCAUGGGCGGGUAUCUGUGACAUCGUUGCUGAGUACAUUAUGUCAUUAUCAUGUAUCCGUGACAUCGUUGCUGAGUACAUCAUGUCAUAAUCAUGUACCCGUGACGUCGUUGCUGAGUACAUUACAUCAUGGACGGUAUAUGUGGCGUCGCUACUGCGUCAGCACCAAGUCCAGAAUGCUGGCCGAACUUGAGAUCGCUCUCGUCAUGACAAUAUUCUCAAAGCCACGCAGUUGUGCUUUUAAAAAAAAUCCAACGGGUUCGCGUACCGGGCAGGUCAAGAACAAGGAGUCGUACAACUCCCUGGUCAAGAACCACCUUUCCGCUUCCGUGGGACGCCACCACCCCAUGAUCAGGGUGCUUUGCUGGUACAUAUCGUUCUGUGUUUUUUUUUAAGCCAAUUGCUGCAUCUUUUGUUCUUGUAUAUGCUGCUUUUGUUCUUGUUCUUUAUUUGUUUGGCCUGUUCCUUGUGUGGCCUGUUCUUUGUUUGGCCUGUUCCUCUUGUUAGCAUGCUGGUCGUCUAACAUGUAUGAUUAUCUGUCCUGCUUGCAUAAGCCAGAAACACCAUCACCCCCCGACACACACACGCAUACGCUCCCUCUCAUGACGUAGCGCUGAGCGUGUCCAAUGGCUACACUGUUCUGUUCUUGUGUUUAAAGUUUAAACCACCGUCAUCACGUCUGUACGCGUGCAUAGUGGUUGUAGGUACAUGUAGUCGCAUGGGCUGCCUGACUCUGCAUGGGCUGCCACUGACUCUGUAUGCACGUGCUAGCGUAUAUGCGCCGUUUUGCCAGAGCGUGAACAGCUCCGUUGUGCCGCGUGUCUCGGGCCAUGAAUGCAUUUUACCUGCCUACCUACCUCUCUUUAUCUCUCUCUCUCUCUCUCUCCUCUCUCUCUUUCAAUCUCUCGAUCUCUCUCUUCUGUUGCGUCCUUUUUACCUCGCCUCCGCCCACUGACGCGGACAGAGAUUAUUCAACUCUCAUCACAAUCAUGUCCCUAUGUCCACAUGCUUGUUGAAGAUACACCAAGCUGCGUGCAGCUUCCCGUGUAGUCAGUGUAGUGGUGGUGUUAGUGCCUCCAUGCAGUGUUGUCCUUGGACCUGCACUUUUUUUAUUUUUUCAUUUGCUACAUUGUGCUUUGUUCUGUAAGUUUUGUUCUGUAACCCGCUGAACACACAUUGACACCCCCUGCAUAUAGUUUGCCUACUGCCAAACGUCAGAAAAAUUCGCCUGGAAACCUACUUUAGUUAGGUACUUACAAUGCUUUGUUCCCCUUUGCAGAUCUUAUUUUUUGUCUAUCUCAACAGUUUUUUUUAAUGUUUUUUUAUCGACCACGGCGUGCAUCGCACGCAUCAUAGUACUGACGUAUCAAUAUCCUACAUGCCAGCUGUUUUGGUCUAUUGUAGACUCUUUGUUCGUGGCGCUUUAUUUCUUUGACUAUCGGAGCAAUGUUGGCUCUCAGAAUACAUUAAAUUUCACCGUGGGUACUCAUCAGUACUGGUCACA